GAAAUACCAAUUCAUGGAAUCAUCCCUACAGCGCAAGGCGAUUGGCCUCAACGACAAGAUCCCAGAUAUCCAAAAGACAUUGGACACAGUCAGAUUUCUGAAGACGAGAAUGGCUGAGUCCGACCCAAUCGAGACGACCUUCGAGCUGAACGACACAUUGUUCGCCAAGGCCGAAGUGCCACCAACGGACGAGGUGUACAUAUGGCUUGGUGCGAAUACAAUGCUGGCAUAUCCCAUGGACGAGGCCGAGACACUGCUGGAUGGGCGGCUGAGCGAUGCGAAGAAGAGCCUUGAGAAUUGCGAAGAGGACCUGGAGUUCCUCAGGGAGCAGAUUACGACUAUGGAGGUCGCAGUAGCCAGAGUGUACAACUGGGAUGUGGUACAAAAGCGCAAAGAGAAGGGUGAAGAGGAUGCUGGCACAAAAGACAAUGAGAAUGGCAAGUCAGGCGGGUGAGACAAUUCUUGAGAUUGAACCCCUUACAGAGAGAAAUUUGUUCCGAUAUGACGGACAGUUUCUCCAUUCACGACGCCCUCAAGAUGUCAGCGAAAUGAGAGGCACAAACCCCUUGAAGUGUAUCUCACAAUGAUCUUCGGUACUGUGUGAAGGACACCUUCAUGGGAGAGCCAUACAUAGCGUUAGACGAGAGUUCCCAAGGGA